CAGUUAUUCUCUUUCAGUCUACUGGUCUCCCUUCCACCAUGGCAGUCCAAGGAGUUGAGCAGACCAUCCUCCGGGAUCCGGCUCUCUUUUACUGGAUCCUGUUCCCUAUCACUGUGGUUAUGAUCCUGACUGGAAUUCUACGCCACUAUGCGACUGUCCUAAUGAACACACCCCCUAAGUCACCCUCCACUCUCGCCGAAUCGCGCGAACGCCACGCACUGCUCCGAGGUGUAAACCUCCGCAACCAUGCCUUCGCCGUCCUCGACCGUGAAGCCUUCGAGGCGCGGAAGAACUACCUGCUCUCGGGCUACCGGAGUGGCGCGUUCCUGAAGGAUCCCAAUAACCGUGGCCAGCCGCCGGCGAACCCGAUGACUGAUCCUCAGGGAAUGGAGGCUAUGAUGGGAAUGCUGAAGGGCAAUAUGAUGAUGAUGAUCCCGCAGACCUUGAUCAUGAGCUGGAUUAACGCCUUCUUCUCGGGCUUCGUGAUCUUGAAAUUGCCUUUCCCUUUGACCAUCCGCUUCAAGUCGAUGCUUCAGUCCGGUGUCAUGACCAGGGACCUGGAUGUGAGAUGGGUGUCCAGUCUGUCGUGGUACUUCCUCAACCUCAUGGGCUUGCAGUCCGUGUUUGGCUUUAUUCUGGGCAGUGAUAAUGCUGCCAACCAGAUGGCCCAGCAGAUGGGCAUGGCUAACCCUGCUGCCAUGAUGAACCCCAUGCAGCCCGGCCAGGACCCCGACAAGCUGUUCUUGGCUGAGGCGGAGAACUUGGAAGUGACGGAGCACUUCUGCAUUCUCGAUGGAGUGGAAGAGCGAGUCCUGCAGAAUUUCGCUACUGCGUGA